GGCGUGUUCUCUCUCUUCAUUUUCCUUGUCACUUCACCAGCGUGGCUGAAGCUGUGUUUGGAAGCUGUUACUGCACCAUUCUACGAGAACAUCAACUUGUCGUGGCUGAAGCUGUUACUGCACCAUUCUACGAGAACAUCAACUUGUGAAGUCGGUCUAGAAUGGACUCUUUGUUGAGUGCAGCUCAGAUCCGUGAGAAGUUCAUCAACUUCUUCCGUCGCCAUGAGCACCAGUAUGUCCACUCGUCGGCUGUGGUGCCCAUGGAUGACCCCACUCUGCUGUUUGCCAACGCCGGCAUGAACCAGUUCAAGCCCAUCUUCCUCAACACCAUAGACCCUUCCCACCCCAUGGCCAGGCUCCGGCGUGCUGCCAACACGCAGAAGUGCAUCCGCGCAGGAGGCAAGCACAAUGACCUGGACGAUGUGGGCAAGGACGUCUACCAUCACACCUUCUUCGAGAUGCUUGGCUCGUGGUCCUUUGGAGACUACUUUAAGAAUCUGGCCUGUGAUAUGGCCCUGGAGCUUCUGACCAAGGAGUUGGGCAUUCCCAUCGAGCGUCUGUAUGUCACUUACUUUGGAGGCUGUGAGGAGGCAGGCCUGGAGCCUGACUUGGAGUGCAAACAGAUCUGGAUCGACCUUGGUGUUGAAGAGGCCCGUAUCCUGCCCGGCAACAUGAAGGACAACUUCUGGGAGAUGGGCGACACGGGCCCGUGCGGCCCAUGCAGUGAGAUCCACUACGACCGCAUCGGAGGCCGGGACGCCUCCCACCUGGUCAACAUGGACGACCCCAACGUCCUGGAGAUCUGGAACCUGGUGUUCAUUCAGUUCAACAGAGAGUCGGAGACGGAGCUGAAGCCUCUGCCCAAGAAGAGCAUUGACACCGGUAUGGGCCUGGAGCGCCUGGUCUCUGUCCUGCAGAACAAGAUGUCCAACUAUGACACUGACCUCUUCGUUCCCUACUUCGAGGCCAUUGAGAAGGGUACGGGGGCCAGAGCCUACACUGGUAAGGUGGGGUCCGAGGAUGAGGACGGUAUUGACAUGGCGUACCGUGUGUUGGCCGACCACGCCCGCACCAUCACCAUCGCCCUGUCUGACGGGGGUAGGCCCGACAACACAGGGAGAGGAUACGUGUUGAGGAGAAUCCUGAGGCGUGCCGUGCGCUACUCCCAUGAGAAGCUGGGUGCGCAGAGAGGCUUCUUCGCCACGCUGGUGGAUGUGGUGGUCAGCUCCCUGGGUGAUGCCUUCCCUGAGCUGAAGAAAGACCCAGACAUGGUGAAGGACAUCAUCAACGAGGAGGAGGCGCAGUUCCUGAAAACGCUCACCAGGGGGCGACGCAUCCUCGAUAGGAAGAUCCAGAGCUUGGGAGACAGCAAAACCAUUCCAGGUGACACAGCAUGGCUCCUGUACGACACCUAUGGCUUCCCCCUGGACCUGACUGUUCUUAUCGCUGAGGAGAGGGGCAUGGUCAUCGACCUGCCCUCCUUUGAGGAGGAGAAGAAGGCGGCCCAGUUGAAGUCCCAGGGCAAGGGUUCAGGCGAUGCGGACCACCUCAUGUUGGACAUCUACGCCAUUGAGGAGCUGAGAACCAAGAAUGUACCUGCUACGGACGAUACCCCCAAAUACAAGUAUUCAUCGGACGACCAAGGAAAAUAUGUGUUCGAGCAGCUCAGUGCCACGGUGCUGGCACUGCGGCGCGACCGGGCCUUCUGCCAGGAGGUGGCCGAGGGCCAGCAGUGUGGCGUGGUGCUGGACCGCACGUCCUUCUACGCCGAGCAGGGCGGCCAGAGCUUCGACGAGGGCUUCAUGCUGCGCGACGACGACACCGAAGAUAGGAUGGAGUUCACCGUGAAGAACACGCAGGUCCGGGGGGGCUACGUCCUGCAUGUCGGCACCGUGUACGGAACGCUGAGGGUCGGAGACACCAUCACCAUGCACAUAGACGAGGCGCGCCGCCGGCCCAUCAUGAGCAACCACACCGCCACCCACAUCCUGAACUUCGCCCUGCGGGGGGUGCUGGGCGAGGCCGACCAGCGGGGGUCCCUGGUGGCCGCCGACCGCCUCCGCUUCGACUUCACCGCCAAGGGCGCGCUGAGCACCGGGGAGGUGCGCCGCACGGAGGAGAUGGCCUGCGCCAUGAUCCGGGACGCCAAGCCUGUGUAUGCAAUGAAUGCCACGUUGGCUGAAGCCAAGGCCAUCCAGGGUCUGCGUGCCGUGUUUGACGAGACCUACCCUGACCCGGUGCGAGUGGUCUCCAUUGGGAUCCCGGUGCAGGACCUGCUGGCCGACCCAAACAGUGCAGCCGGCUCCCUGACCUCUAUCGAGUUCUGCGGUGGAACUCACCUGCUAAAUUCGGCACACGCCGCGCCCUUCGUCAUCGUCUCCGAGGAGGCCAUCGCUAAGGGCAUCCGCCGCAUCGUGGGGGUGACCGGGGCCGAGGCGCACAAGGCCCAGAGGAAGGCCGAUGCUCUGCGUCAGUCCCUGUCGGCCCUGGGAGACACCGUGAAGGCCCAAACCGCCCCCAACAAGGACGUGCAGAAGGAGAUCGCUGACAUGACAGAGGCUCUGGGCACCGCAGUGAUCUCCCAGUGGCAGAAGGACGAGAUGAGGGAAGGACUCAAGGGCCUGAAGAAGACCAUGGACGACCUGGAUCGCGCCAGCAAGGCUGACGUCCAGAAGAGAGUGCUGGACAAGACCAAGGAGAUGAUUGACAGCCACCCCAACCAGCCGCUGCUGGUCCUGGAGAUGGAGAGCGGGGCUUCUGCCAAAGCGCUGAACGAGUCUCUGAAGCUGCUGAAGACCCACUCCCCGGAGACCUCCGCCAUGCUGUUCACCGUGGACCCCGACGCAGGGAAGAUCAUCUGCCUCUGCCAAGUCCCACAGAAAGCCGCCAGCCUCGGCCUGAAGGCCAGCGAGUGGGUCCAGGAGCUCUGCCCCCUGCUGGACGGUAAAGGCGGUGGCAAGGACAUGUCCGCCCAGGCCACGGGCAGGAACACGCUCUGUGUGCAGGAGGCCCUGCAGAUGGCCAACGCGUUUGCCCGGCUCAAGCUGGGGGAAAACUAAAGAGUAGGGCCUGCCUGUGGAUAGCAAGGAAGGGAGGUGGAGACGACCACAACAAGGGGUGAUGGAGAGAGCAGAGGGGAAAGAAAGGUAGAAUCCAUGAACACUAUAGCGAAGGGGCAGUAGUCUGGGGGCAGGGUUCAACCGUGCGUGCGACAGGCACACUGGGAUAGCAGUUCUGUAUCUUGCAUCCCAAGGUAACCUAACUGGAAGGAAUUAAAACUCCUGACAAGAGUGUCCCUCUUCGUAGACCCUUUUUAUUCUUCAGGGCUCUGUUGUGGUAGCACUUUAACAACUAGUUUUUGGUUCUGUUCAUAGGACAAGAAAUGGUUAACGACGAACGGUUUGGUCCACAAGCUGUUGGUCUUACUGGUUUGGGUCACUGUCCUGUUCUCUGUCUAUCGUUCCACAUCGUCCAGCCAUCUGCAUGUGUGUCUGGGUCUUCUCCCUCUCUUUCCUAAGCGUCUGUCACACUUAACAGGGAAUGCAUUCAAGCUGGACAAAGUUUUGGCUUCCCCCACACCCAUUUCUGAUGACCUUUUUCAGACAUGCAAAACAAUUGCAACAUAGAAUUUACAUUACAUGAUUUAUAGACAAAUUGAGCCUUGCCCAGCACAACUGGCAAAAUAUACGUCAUGUCUUUUUAGGUGGAUGCAUAGCAUUCAUUAUAUAUUGCGUUGAAUCAUUGUACUGUCUUGUACUGACCUAUCAUCACUCAAUCAUUCAUUGCAAUUAUCCUGGAUUGAGAGGGAUUUCCGAAAGGGGCUAUGGUAGAAAGGGUUCCUAGGUUUUCUUAUCGGCAGGCUAUGGAUUGAAGGGUACGGCCUGUCUACUUGCGCACACGUCCUCGACCUCUGCUGGGUUUCGUCACCCUGUGACUGGGAUCUGAGCCAAUGUGGCUUUUCCAAAAUGCCAUUACGAUCGCAAGCCAUUCUUUAUCCGUCAAUGUCAAGGGCCAUUGGGAGGCGUUGAAGAAAUUAUGCAUUAAUGUAUAAAAUAAUAAAAUACCACUCAUCAUUGACCAGCCA